AUGUUCUCUUCCGUCGUCGCCGUGUUGAUUCUGAACGACAUGAAUGUCUAUCAGGACAAGAAGCCGAGCAUCACCGACUGGGUCAAGCCUGGAGACCCGACUGGAGAGUUCAAGAGACAGCAAUCACGAUUCCGCGACUUUAUAUCCAAGGAUCCAGACGCCGAAUUUCCCGCGGAGAAAGACCGGUAUCACUUGUUUGUUUCUUAUGCGUGUCCAUGGGCUCACAGAACCCUGAUCGUGAGAAGCUUGAAGGGACUAGAAGACAUCAUUCCCUUCACCAGCGUACAUUGGCACAUGGGAGAGCAAGGCUGGCGCUUCGCAACGGCCGACGAACAUCUCCCCGGCAAAAACGUCACUCCCAAUCCUCUUGAUCCCGAGUUCACACACCUACGCGACCUGUACUUUUCCGUGAACAAGGAUUACGAAGGACGCUUUACCGUCCCAACGUUGUGGGAUAAGAAGAAGAAGACCAUUGUCAACAAUGAGUCUUCUGAGAUCAUCCGCAUGUUCUAUACCGAGUUCGACGACCUGCUACCGGACAAGUUCAAGAACGUUGAUCUGUUCCCGAAAGAGCUGCAGGCCAAGAUCGAGGAGACGAAUGGCUGGACCUACGACGACAUCAACAAUGGGGUGUACAAGUCAGGGUUUGCCACAACUCAGGAAGCUUAUGAGCGUAACGUUAUCCAACUGUUCAAGUCGCUCGAUCGCGCCGAAGCCGACCUUGCGAAGUCACCCGGACCGUACUAUUUUGGCGACAAGAUCACUGAGGCCGAUAUCAGGCUCUUCACGACCAUUGUGCGCUUCGAUCCGGUCUACGUCCAGCACUUCAAGUGCAACAUCAGAGAUAUCCGUUCAGGGUACCCGCACUUGCACAAGUGGCUGAGGCAAUUGUACUGGAACGUCCCGGCCUUUGGUGAAUCGACGGAAUUCGAGCAUAUCAAGAAACACUACACCAAGAGUCACAAACCAAUCAACCAGUUUGCCAUCACGCCGGUCGGGCCGGUGCCAGAUAUCUUGAAGCCAGAUGAGGAGGUUGCUGCUGCACAGCGUUAG